AUGGGCGCUCAGGCACAUACCGUAGCACAUCGCCCGCCAAUUCAAACUCACUACGACGAAGUGUCACAAUUGACUGGUUUGAAACGGGGUUGUCGCGGAGUGUCAAAGUCGAUUAUUCAGCGGAAAUAAAUAAAAUAAAAAAUAUUUUUAGAAAUGAUUUUUAAAAACCUUGGAAAUGCAACUUUCUAGAAGCUGUUUCAAAAAUACUCUAAAACUUCUUACAUCUGAUCAAUGUACAUUAUGUUAUCACUUUAAGGAUGAUUUGAGGAGGUAUUUGAGCAAAACUGGGCUGAAAUUAGACUUUGUUGAAGUAGACAUUCGAAUCGAUAAGACUAUUUUUGAAGUAAGUUGUUUUAUCUUCUUGUUUUUCUUUUUUUAGGUUUUUAAAGUGAUUUUGCAGGUAUUAUAAUAUGGUUUACUUAUUUGCUGUUACUAUAAAUUAAAGUUUUUUAUUUCAGAAGUUUAAGUACGAUAUACCAGUGCUGAUGGAAGAUGACAAAGUGGUUCUGAAGCAUCGUUUUAGCAAAGCACAACUCGAAAAGUAUUUGGAAAAGAACAUGAGUUGA